GUGAGAGGGUCCUGGGCCACGCGGAGGAGCCUUGCUACCUGUGGUUUGUCAUGGAGUUCUGCGAAGGGGGAGACCUCAACCAGUACGUGCUCUCACGAAGACCCGACCCGGCAACGAACAAGAGCUUCAUGCUGCAGCUGACCAGCGCCAUCGCCUUCCUGCACAAGAACCACAUUGUCCACCGGGACCUGAAACCAGACAACAUCCUGAUAACUGAAAAGUCAGGCACCCCUGUGCUCAAGGUGGCCGACUUCGGGCUGAGCAAGGUCUGUGCCGGCCUGACUGCUCGGGGCAAGGAGGGCGGGCACGAGAACAAAAAUGUGAAUGUGAACAAGUACUGGCUGUCUUCGGCUUGCGGCUCCGAUUUCUAUAUGGCGCCCGAGGUCUGGGAGGGACACUACACCGCCAAGGCCGACAUCUUCGCCCUCGGCAUCAUCAUCUGGGCCAUGAUUGAGAGGAUAACCUUCAUUGAUGCAGAGACCAAGAAGGAGCUGCUAGGGACCUACAUCAAGCAGGGGACUGAGAUUGUGCCCGUUGGGGAAGCGCUGCUAGAAAACCCAAAGAUGGAGCUGCACAUCCCUCAGAAACGCAGGACUUCCAUGUCUGAGGGGAUCAAGCAGCUCUUGAAAGACAUGUUGGCUGCUAACCCACAGGAUCGACCUGAUGCCUUUGAGCUUGAAACCAGAAUGGACCAGGUUACAUGUGCUGCUUAA